ACAGAGCUUUCCUUUAUUGUUACAACAUUUGACAGGCACAGGGCGAUGUGGUGAAAUUGUAUCACACCAUCCAUACAGCGCCUCUGGCCACAUUUUUCUGAUCAAGUAUAAAUGGACUUUUAGUCCGUUGUCAGUUGCUAAUUCCAUAAAACAUUCGUUGCUGUGAGGUUAACAUUGGAUUCCCUAUGCUGUGUGAGCCAUGGCCAAGUCAUUAAAUAUCCCUCUAGAGGAAGAGAUGGUUAGCAUCUUAGGCCAAUGUGGAUCAGCUCUAACUAUAACGUCCUGCAAAGCAAGUUUGGAUGCACUACUGUGCUCCAUGGUGUAGAUGCCACCUGUGCAGGGCAGUCGAGGAAGCCCUCUGUCUUCCCCGAGGAAAGGUUUUCUAUACAUCUAUCUAAGAGCUUCAAGGUGUCUGUGUGGAAGGAUGACCUUACCUCUCACCGUGUUGAUGCUGAGGUCAAUGCUGCGAACAACUGGCUAAAGCAUUGUGCAGGUCUCGCAAAAGCGCUUAGCGACGCUGGUGGCCCAGCUAUCCAGCAAGAUGGUGACCAGUACAUUUUCAGAAAAGGAAAGUUGUCAAUAGGAGAUGCUAUCAUGUUGAAUUUAUUAUGUAACAUCGCCCCACCUGGAUACCUUCCAUGCAGGAAGAUCAUUCAUGCUGUGGGUCCAAACCGUCCAUACAACAACAUAAAAUCUGAAGUUGAUAAUGUCACACCACAACUCCAAAGGGCUGUUUUAAGCAUUCUGAAAGUGGUCAAGCAAGAUAAUCUGCAGUCAGUUGCCAUUCCUGCCAUAAGUUCUGGCCUCUUCAACUAUCCCUUGCCACUCUGUGCAGACGUCAUUGUUAAAAUCCUGAAAGAGUACCAUGCUUCAAAUUAUUCUGGUGCUCCACUAGAGGUUCGUCUAGUUAAUCAUGAUGAGCCAUCGGUCAGGGAGAUGGAGAGAGCGUGCCGUCAAAUACUGGGGUCCUCGGGUUCACAUAGUCAACCAGUGGAAGCUCAGGGGCAGCCACCUAAGGCUUCAUACAGUCAAGCUGCAAGGAGCCACGGGAAAGGCUCCACCAAACCCUUUUCAACACCCACGGUUCAGCUUGGGAAUGUCAGUCUGACCAUCAAAAAAGGAUACAUCGAGAGAGAGCAGGUCAAAAUCAGCAUUGUGAACACAAUUUCUAAUGACCUACAUUUGUCAACUGGGGUAAUAUCCAAAGCAAUCUUGAAAGCUGCUGACCAAGGCAUCCAGAAAGAGAUGUGGAAUUACUUAAAAAACAACCACAAAUAUGGUGAUGUUAUUGAAACCCAGGGGCACAAACUACGAUGCAAAUAUGUGUAUCACACUAUAUGCCCUCACAAAAGUCAAGCGUCUGAAAAGAGUCUUGGUGACAUUGUCUCGAAGUGUCUGAGCAUGGCACAAAAAAGGCAGCUGUCUUCUAUCUCCUUCCCAGCCAUUGGUACUGGAGUGCUGGGCUUCAGCAAGCAGGAGGUUGCAAAGAUCAUGAUGGACACAGCAGUGACAUUUUCCCAGCACAACAAUGGAAUGAAUAUGGAUAUUUUUAUAGGUGUCAGAGCUUCUAUGUUAGAGUUGGAAGCCAUUUUCUGCAAAGUCCAAGAGGAUUUUGCAAAAAAAGAGGAGUGUGACAUGGGCCUGAAAUCGUCCAACAAUUUCUCAAGGACGGUUGAGAAGGUGGAGAAUAGCACUCUGAAGCAUCUCUUUGAGCUAAAGAAGAGCCAGUUUCAGUCUGCCUCUUCACAACGAAUGUACCAGCGCCUGCCAGCGCAAUACUGUGACCUGGCCAGCCGAGUGGGCUUCCAGAGGGAGUAUGCACCACCUGACGAGCAAAAUCAUGGAGAGGGGAUCUACUUCGGUAGCAGUGUGCAUGGAACAGAGAAGCUGUGGAGGGGCUUGGCUGAUGAAGAGUACCUGUACUUUUUUGCAGCACAGGUGCUGACAGGGAAGUCUACUAUUGGCACACCAGGUCUUAUUGUGCCACCGGAGACCCCCGGUGGAGACCCCCUAACCCAGAAAACCAAGACAGCUAGUCCGGGAAAGAUUUAUCAGGAAAUAUUCACAAGCAUGUGUUUGCAGGGGGCGUAGACACCUGUGUCAUUUUCAAUGGUCACCAAGCUCUACGGCUUCAGUUUACAGCCAACUAAAUUCUAUUGCAGUUUCAAUGGGUAUGUUAUGAAUUUAGCAGUGGGUUUGCAUGUAUACUGAACAAAAAUAUAAACACAACAAUUUCAAAGAUUUGACUGAGUUGCAGUUCAUAUAAGGAAAUCAGUCAAUUUAAAUAAAUAAAUUGGGUCCGAAUCAUCUACAGAUUUCACCUUAAAGUAUGGGGAUGGAUCAGAAAACCAGUCCGUAUCGGCUGUGACCACCAUCUGCCUCAUGCAGCCCGACAUAUCUCCUUUGCAUAGAGUUGAUUGUGGAAUGUUGUCCCGCUCUUCUUCAAUGACAUGUUCCCCCACCCAACAGCUAGCAACCGCAAACUAUGUGAUACAGGUUGGAAAGUCGACACACUUUCUGUACAGAUGAAGCCAAUGCUUCCAUGCAAAAGAGGUUUUGACAUUUAAAUCCAGUCAAUGUAUAUACAGUGCAUUCAGAAAGUAUUCAGACCCCUUGACUUUUUCCACAUUUUGUUACAUUACAGCCUUAUUCUAAAAAUUGAUUCAAUUGUUUUUCAAUCAACACACAAUACCCCAUAAUGACCUGAAGUAUAACAUUUACAUAAGUAUUCAGACCCUUUACUUUGUUGAAGCACCUCCCUUUCUAGGGAGUUUUUCCUAGCCACCGUGCUUCUACACCUGCAUUGCUUGCUGUUUGGGGUUUUAGGCUGGGUUUCUGUACAGUACUUUUAGAUAUCAGCUGAUGUAAGAAGGGCUAUAUAAAUAAAUUUUAUUUGAUUUAUGGCAGCAAUUUACAGCCUCGAAUCUUCUUGGGGAUACGCUUCAAGCUUGGCCCAGUUGUAUUUGGGGAGUUUCUCCCAUUCUUCUCUGCAGAUCAUCAAGCUCUGUCAGGUUAGAUAGGGAGCGUCGCUGCACAGCUAUUUUACUGUCUCUCCAGAGAUGUUUGAUCUGGUUCAAGUCUGGGCUCUGGCUGGGCUACUCAAGGACAUUCAGAAACUUAUCCCAAAUCCACUCCUGCGUUGUCUUGGCGGUGUGCUUAGUCGGAGGUCCUGAGAGCUCUGCAGCAGGUUUUCAUCAAGGACCUCUCUCUACUUUGCUCCGUUCAUCCUGACUAGUCUCCCAGUCCUGCCGCUGAAAGACAUCCACACAGCAUGAUGCUGCCACCACCAUGUUUGGUUCCAGUAUUCCUCCAGACGUGAUGCUUGGCGUUCAGGCCAAAGACUUCAAUCUUGGCUUCAUCAGACCAAAGAAUCUUGUUUCUCAUGGUCUGAGUCUGUAGGUACUUUUUGGUAAACUCCAAGCGGUCUGUCAUGUGUCUUACUAGGGAGUGGCUUCCGUCUGGCCAGUCUACCAUAAAGGCCUGAUUGGUGGAGUGCUGCAAAUAUGGUUGUCCUUCUGGAAGGUUCUCCCAUCUCCACAGAGGAGCUCUGUCAGAGUGACUAUCGGGUUGUUGGUAACCUCCCUGACCAAGGCCCUUCUCCCCUGAUUGCUCAGUUUGGUUGGGCGGCCAGGUCUCAGAAGAUUCUUGGUGGUUCCAAACUUCUUCCAUUUUAGAUUGAUGGAGGCCACUGUGAUCUUGAAACGUCAAUGCUGCAGAAUUGUUUUGUGCCUCGACACAAUCCUGUCUCUGAGCUUUACGGACAGUUCCUUCAACCUCAUGGCUUGGUUUUUGCUCUGACAUACACUGUCAACUGUGGGACCUUUUUAUAUAGGCCUGUGUGUGUGC